AUGGGGGGUGGGGUAGGAGGAGGAGGGGAGGGCGUGCCGUGGCCAACCGGGGCGGAUGGCUACAAACUGGACAGGAUUAUCGGGAAAGGAGCGUUCGCGACGGUAUGGAAAGCGUUUUGCGAAGCCCGCGAGGUACAUGUCGCGGUAAAGGUGAUGGACCUCGAGAAUGUCACCCACAGCUUCGAAGAUAUUCGUCAAGAGGUGGCGGUGAUGCGUAUGUGCGACCACCCGAAUGUGCUGAGCUGCUACGCAUCGUUCGUACAUGAAAAUGAGCUGUGGCUGGUAAUGGAGUUCAUGAGCAAAGGAUCGUGCUUGCACGUGAUGAACGUCGCUAAAAAGGAGGUAACGAGCAAUGAGGAGCCAGGAGGCAAUACAGAUUUUGAGGAUGUUUUAGUUGCGUAA